UGCUUGGCUCUACCAUUUUAGUAGAGUUGAACUCUGGUUUAAGAAGAAAACAGGAAAGAAAAAGCUUGUAGUUAUUAUGACAGAUCACCAGCAGAAAAUUCAUCCCGUGGUGGAUACCGAAGCACCGCCUCCCACGGUGCCUUUGGAGCCUCGUGGCUCCGCUACGUCGGAGAAAGACAACUCGAUUCAACAGUGUCCACCGAUACAUGCUGCUCCGGUUAUUCAAACAAGGCCGCCGAAGAAGAGAAGCUGUUGCUGCAAGUGCCUAUGUUGGACAAUUAGUCUCAUUGUGCUCCUCCUUAUAAUCCUGGGUGCCACUGUUGGGUUUCUCUACCUUGCCUUCCGCCCCAAACUCCCCAAUUACUCCGUCGACAGCCUGAGAAUAAGCGAUUUGAGGCUCAACUUCGACAUGACAUUGUACGCGAGAUUCGACGUCAAGAUCACGGCGAAUAAUCCGAACAAGAAGAUCGGAAUAUACUAUGAGAAAGGAGGGCGAUUAAGCGUGUGGUAUACAAACACAAAGCUUUGUGAAGGGUCAUUGCCCAAGUUCUACCAAGGCCACCAAAACAUAACCAAGUUGGAUGUGGUGUUAACCGGACAAGCCGAGUCGGGAAGCACUUUGAUGUCAGCCUUGCAACAGCAGCAGCAAACAGGACAGAUACCCUUGGAUCUUAAGGUUCAUGCCCCUGUCGCUGUUAAACUAGGGAAGUUAAAGAUGAGGAAGGUGAAGAUAUUGGGAGAAUGUAAAUUGACUGUUGAUAGUUUAUCUGCAAACAACAUCAUUAGCAUUAAAGCCAGUAACUGCAAAUUCAGAUUGAAGCUCUAAAUUUUUCUUUUAUUAGUUUAUUUUGUAUGUACUCAUUGUGUU